AUGGAAGCGGGAACGGGAAGCCUUCUCCGAAGUCCCACUCCACUCCCACGGACCCCAAAACGCCCUAUCCGACGUCGUUUUGGCUCCUCUAUUAUCUCUCUGAAUUCCGGUAACGAUUACAGAGGCCCGAAGCCGAAGACCAAUUUGGUCGCCGAUUGGGUCUCUAACAACGAUGACGCCGCUCGGAGCUUGCCGAUUUACGCCGGCGGCGUCUCCCUCCUUGCCGUUCUCUUCAACCGCACGGCUUCUGACAUCGCUCUCGUUGCUGACGCCAGCAGCUCACAGUCUAGGGCUGAUUUGUUGACAUUGGGAUUGGCUGUGACGAACAUUUUAGCAGGGCUGGUUUGGCUGUCAAUCAGACCAAAAUCUAUUUCCAAGGUGGAUCCUGAAGGGGUGGAAUGCCGGAGGAUGCGUUCUGAUCUCCCCGAAACUCUAGUUUCCGAGUUAUUGUGGGCGUGGGAAUCUCUAUCAUAUGCAACAUGUUGCCGGUCUCUUGUUAUAGUUUAUGGUGGCAGAAAUGUGCUUCAGAUUGGUUUUGCAGCUGCAGCUUCUGAUGGUGGUGAAGCUGUGGCCGUGGAUGCUGAUAAACUGAUUCAAGGAUCACUAUAUCGAGGUGUUAUGAAAUCAGGAGUUCAGAGUUAUUUGGCCAACCUAGCUCUCUAUCCUGGGAAGUCUGAGCUGCCAUUUCUACCUUCAAACACACAGGCAGUAAUAUUGCAGCCUCUUGGAGACAAUGGAAUUGCAAUAAUUGGUGGUGACACAAUUAGAGGAUUCACAGCCUCUGAUCAGGCAUGGAUUUCUUUAAUUGGAGAGAAGCUGGAUGCUACACUAGCAAGAUGUGUGGAUAACCUCUCAUUGUCACAAGACCCAGUUUUGAAGUAAUUGGACUGAAGUGUCUUAAUUUAACAUUGCAUUUGCAACGGUUCUACUCCUAAGCCAGGUCGGGAUCAAGUGCUCCAUACAUUCUUUGAUAAUAGAGAAUCAAGAUUGGUGACAAGAUCGUACUCUGGUGCCAGGCAAUCGCAAUCUCCAACUCCUGAUCCAUUAUUUGGUUAUUGUAUA